GGCGGCUGGAGGGUCAGCCUUGGGGUGCAGACUCCGGGGACGGUGUGGAGCACCAGCGCGCCGUGCGGGAACGCGAGGCAGAAUCCUAUUCUAAGAACUCAGGCACUCAGGUCUCCACCGUGGUAUUGGGUCCUGAACAGAAGAUGUCAGAUGACAGUGCUUCUGGAGAUCAUGGGGACUGUGCCAGUCUUGGUGCCAUCAACCCUGCCUACAGUAACUCCUCUCUUUCGCAAUCUACCGGGCACUCAGAGGAGCCGUUUGCCACCUACUUUGAUGAGAAGAUCGCCAUCCCAGAGGAGGAAUACUCUUGUUUUAGCUUUCGUAAACUCUGGGCUUUCACGGGACCAGGCUUUCUUAUGAGCAUUGCCUACCUAGAUCCAGGAAACAUCGAAUCCGAUUUGCAGUCUGGAGCAGUGGCUGGUUUUAAGUUGCUCUGGAUCCUUCUGUUGUCCACCAUCGUGGGGCUGCUGCUCCAGCGCCUUGCAGCUAGACUGGGAGUGGUCACUGGGCUGCAUCUUGCUGAAGUGUGUCACCGUCAGUAUCCCAAGGUCCCACGAAUCAUCUUAUGGCUGAUGGUGGAGUUGGCUAUCAUUGGCUCAGAUAUGCAAGAAGUCAUUGGCUCAGCCAUUGCCAUCAAUCUCCUGUCUGUAGGAAGGGUUCCUUUAUGGGGUGGAGUUCUCAUCACCAUUGCAGAUACCUUUGUAUUUCUCUUUUUGGACAAAUAUGGCUUGCGGAAGCUAGAAGCAUUUUUUGGCUUUCUCAUCACUGUUAUGGCCCUUACAUUUGGAUAUGAGUAUGUUACAGUGAAACCCAGCCAGAGCCAGGUACUCAAGGGCAUGUUUGUGCCAUCCUGUUCAGGCUGUCGCACCCCACAGAUUGAGCAGGCUGUGGGCAUCGUGGGAGCUGUCAUCAUGCCACACAACAUGUACCUGCAUUCUGCCUUAGUCAAGUCUAGACAGGUAAACCGGGCCAAUAAGCAGGAAGUUCAAGAAGCCAAUAAGUACUUUUUCAUUGAAUCCUGCAUAGCUCUCUUUGUUUCCUUCAUCAUCAAUGUCUUUGUCGUCUCCGUCUUUGCCGAAGCAUUUUUUGAGAAAACCAACGAGCAGGUGGUUGAAGUCUGUAAAAAUAGCAGCAGUCCCCAUGCUGGCCUCUUUCCUAAUGAUAACUCAACACUGGCUGUGGACAUCUACAAAGGGGGCGUUGUGCUAGGAUGUUACUUCGGGCCUGCCGCACUCUAUAUCUGGGCAGUGGGGAUCCUGGCUGCAGGACAGAGCUCUACCAUGACAGGAACCUAUUCUGGCCAGUUUGUCAUGGAGGGAUUCCUGAACCUAAAAUGGUCACGCUUUGCCCGAGUGAUUCUGACCCGUUCUAUUGCUAUCAUCCCCACUCUGCUUGUUGCUGUCUUCCAAGAUGUAGAGCAUCUAACAGGGAUGAAUGACUUCCUGAAUGUUCUGCAGAGCUUACAGCUUCCCUUUGCUCUCAUACCUAUCCUGACACUUACGAGCUUACGGCCAGUAAUGAGAGAUUUUGCCAAUGGAAUAGGCUGGAGGAUUGCAGGCGGGAUCUUGGUCCUUAUCAUCUGUUCCAUCAACAUGUACUUUGUAGUAGUUUAUGUCCAGGAACUAGGGCAUGUGGCCUUGUAUGUGGUGGCCACUGUGGUCAGUGUGGCUUAUCUGAGCUUUGUGUUCUACUUGAUUUGGCAAUGUUUGAUUGCAUUGGGCAUGUCCUUCCUGGACUGUGGGCACACGGUAAGCAUCUCUAAAGUCCUGCUGACCAAAGAAGCCACCAGUGGCUAUACUAAGUAAACAAAGAUUAGUCUGUCUUCCACAGGUAGCCAUCAGAGCCAGUGUGUUUCUAUGGUUUAGUGUGUGAACAUGGCCAAAACCGACUACUGGCUGGGAAAGACUUUGUUUCAUAUAUGUUUGAAAGAUGGAAUUACUUUUUUCUUUCUGACCUCCUAACCUGGGAGCUGGAUUAGGUAGGAUCUUUGAAAAGCUGACUUGCUGCUAUCAUUCCAACACUAAACUCUUAAGUAGCUGCCCAAGGGUCAGCUUCUUUUGUCCUUUUGAGAGAUAAUUCUCUAUGCGUGAUUCUUGAAUCAGGCUAUAUGUUUUAAAAAAAACCAGAAAAUGCAAUAUAUUUUUUAUAAUACAUACUAUAGAAUGGGUAUGUAAGUUUUGUUUAUCAAGGGCCAGCACGUGACUCACUUGGGAGAGUGAGGUGCUGAUAACACCAAGGCCAUGGGUUUGGAUCCCUAUAUAGGGAUGGCCGGUUAGCUCAGUUGGGAGAGUGUGGUGCUGAUAACACCAAGGCCACGGGUUUGGAUCCCUAUAUAGGGAUGGCCGGUUAGCUCAGUUGGGAGAGUGUGGUGCUGAUAACACCAAGGCCAUGGGUUCGGAUCCCUAUAUAGGGAUGGCCGGUUAGCUUAGUUGGGAGAGUGUGGUGCUGACAACACUAAGUCAAUGGUUAAGAUCCCCUUACCGGUCAUCUUUAAAAAAAAAAAAAAAAAAAGAUAAUGGAGGGUUUGGAUCCCCAUACCAGACAACAGCCUCCCCCCCAAAAAGAUAAUAGAUUUUGGGCUGGCCAGUUAGCUCAGUUGGUUAGAGCACGGUUGUGACAUUAACAUCAAGGGUUCAGAUCUCUGUACCAGCCAGCCUACCCCCGCUGCCCUCUGAGAAAAUGUAUUUUAAAAGGCUGAGAAAUUCUUUUCUUAUGCAUACAUACCCUUUUUAUUAUUUCAGUUAUAAAAAAAUUUUAAGUAGAGUAGUUUCAUUCAUAUGAAAUAUAAAAUUGAGACAACUACCUCUGUCAGGUUCAGGAUUCUUUUAACUUAUUUCCACUUUAAAUUUCUCAGUGGAAAUUAAGAGGGGUGAGAAAGCAUUAAAGAAUGUGAGAAAUGGACGAAUAGCAAAAUUCAUCUGUAGGUUGGGGUUACUAAUCACCUUCUGAAGAUUUUUCUCAGAGAUUGAAAGCUUAUCAGGAUUUUCUUGGGAGUCUUGAUUUUAAUAACCUCCAUGUUAGUACAGAGCUUUCCUGAUAGUAUUUACUCUUGAGCAUAUACAGUUGUAAAACCUUCACCUUCUUCCUUCAGGCGAGUGGUAGUAGAAAAAGAUGGCAGUAUUUAUGAAUUGACAUUCUCAUGAGAUUUUGGGGGUGGGGAGAAAAAACUCAAAAGGAGAAGAGCCAUCUGUUUUAUUCCUAAAAGCCACCUCUCACCAGAAUGUUUUUCUGAUGCACCACUCUGCUUCAUGCCCAAGAUGACUUGUAAGGCAAUCUCGGGAGCUCUGGACAUAACCGAUGCAAAGCUUGCUUGCUCUCAGCAAGUCAGUAGGUGUCACUAUGGUUAAGUUCUCUGUCUCAGCAAGAUUGAACUGGGCUACAUCUCUACAGCCAUUUUCUCAGAGGGAAAAACUUUGAGACCAGAUGGUGGAGCUUUGGAGUCAGAGGAAAUGAGUGUCUUCAGCAUGAAGCUGCUGCUCUUACUUCAGCCACUUCUGACAUAUUUAUAUAUGGAGCUUGAGUCCGGGAUUAUCUCAAAUCAAAUCACAUUUGCCUGGUGGAGAUAAAUAAUCAAAAGUCUUUUAUAGCCAUUGACAUGGUGAAAACAGUAAUGGGAAUGGCAUUGAAGGAUGUCUCUUUUUUUUAGCUAUCCUUUUGGAAUACUGGUUGAUUGAUGUUCUCCAUUCAUCUGAGCCCCCAGAGUCAUUAUUACUGAUAUUUUGCACACAGUCAAAAGUGCAGACUGGAUAGAUUGUAUUUUAUAAGGCACUAAGGGUAGUAAACUACUGUGCUUCACUGACCGUACAUUUCUCUUAGCCCCUCAAGUAAUACAGCACAGAAUCAUGAAUGACAAUUCCCCUAACGAUUCCUCCUCAUAUCUGCCCCUCUACCCCUACCACCAUAAUUCCCCAAACUGGUCAUAAAGGCAUUCUGUGAAGAUAGUGGGGACUGACAUCUUAAGCUCUUGUCUGGCCAAAUUGGUGAAGGCAAAUUGACAAAACAAAUUCUUUGUAAGCAUGUUACAGUAACAUUUACCUUUGCCUUGGGUGUGGGCGGGUCCAGUGAGUCUCAGAUUCACAAACAUUUAGGAGCCCAGGUAAAGGCUGCUAGCAUUCUUUUAAAAGUUAUAUUUAUGACUUGCAAUGAUGGCAAAUUUCUUCUCAGUUAAAUGGCAUUUUAUAAUACUACGUGUGUAGUAUUUUACAGUGUUACAAACACUCCCAUACAUUAUUCCAUUUGAUCCUCACAAAGAGAAAGUGUAUUUCAACCAGUACUUUGGGUGCAAUAAACAAUGUGUAGAAAUUUAAGUCCUCCAGUGCCAUCAUAUGCAGUGCAUUUCAGCAGUGCGUUUAUGUGGUGUGGAAUGUUUAAGGAUAUACAAUUGUACUUUACAUAAAUUUGUUCCUGUUCUCCUUAAAUGUAACAUGAAAAAAUUGUGCUGCUACAGUAUAUGGAAAGGAGAAGAGCUUUGGUUUGGCUUCUGUGAGGUAUUGCUAGUGGUGUUAGGAGUGGUUUACAACUGAGCUUUUAGUGACCAUUUAAAAAUAUGUAAACUUGGUUUGUAAUUAAAAAACGUUUUUCCAA